AUGUUAUAAUCAUUUUUACUUAGUUUAGCAUCUGGCAUUGUGCUAUUUAUUGUUUACAUGUAUCAUAGAGCAAAUUUAUCAGAAGGAUCAGCUAAUUAUAGGUAUUAUAAUGAAGCAGUGAAAGGAAUGUCAAGAUGGUUGGAAUAGACUGUUGAUUUAACUUAAUCCCAUUUUUAACCAUGCAAGUAUAGGAGUUUAACAUAAAUAGAAAUUGUGGAUAUGAGAUUGCAUUAGUGCAUGAUAAUUAUUAUUGUCAAAGAAGUGACCUUUUUAAAUUGUUGCAUCCUGAAGUAGUAAUAUAAGAUCAAAUGGUAUUAAGAGAUUAUGGAGGUUAAGAUUUGGCAAGAAAAAUCAUCUAACAAUACAUGUAUGAUGCUUUGCCAAACUUUUUAUAGUCAAGACCUAUUGAAAUUGGAUAUCAUUAAACCCCUCUUGAAACAUCAAUAGUAUAUCCAUAUGCUAAAAAUUAUUUUCGAACACAUACUUUUGGAAAAUAAGCAGGUUGUAUUUUCUAAAAAUAUUUCCAUGUUCCAGGUUAAGAAGAAAUUGCAUUAAAAUCUAAUCAAUCAACACAUUUUCAUAAUUAUAUUGAUAAUUUAAAAUAAGAAAAUAAAAGCACAGAAUGUAUCAAAGAUGCUAGUUAUGAGAAACCAACAUUUAGAAUGUGGUUGAAAGAAGAGUGUGAGAAUUUCUUUGAAAUUAUUAACACAAAAUAAUACAAAGAUAAAUUAGAAAAUGAAGGAAUCUAAUAUAUUUAUAAAACAAAUAGACAUUUAGGCAAUGGAAUAUUACUUUUAGAUUAUUAGAAUGAAAAGAUAAUUAGAUCAUGGUAUAAAGAUAGUUUAGGUUGUGGAAGAAAUAUUACUUAAGUUAUAAUUUAAGAGUAUCUUAAAAAUCCUUAUUUAUUUAAAGGACAUAAAAUGGAAUUUAGAUCAUAUUUUUAGAUUGCAUCCACUAAUCCACCUAUCUUAUAUGGAUAUAAAAAAGCAUUGAUUAAAUAAUGUGCUUUAAAGUUUGAUUUAUUAGAUUUUACUAAAGAGGCACAUGUUUGUAAUACAGCUGUAACAAAAACACAUAAAUAAACAAUAGGAUAAGAAUAGGAUGAUGAUCUAUAUAUAGAUUGGAAUUUAGAAGAGUUGCAAGAUAUUUUGUUAGAGUAAGGUAAAAUAAAGUCUCGUAAUUGGUUAAAUGAAUACCUUUAUCCAUAAAUAAUGAGAAAAAUAACUCAUCUAUUUUUUUCAGUUGAUAAAUAUCUAUUGAAAGAUAGCAGAGUGGGGGAGUUUUUUGGAGUGGAUUUUAUACUUGAUGAUGAUUUGAAUCUAUGGAUAUUUGAAUGCAAUAGAAAUCCUAAUUUUUUAGCAGUAACAGAAGGAAGAAAAGAGAAAUUUGGAAAACUUAUUCCUGAUAUGUUGGAAAUUUAAAUGUAAUUAGUUAGAAGCAGAUUUAAAAGAAUUAGAGAUUUCAUGUAUAAUAAAUUCAUACCAGCUAUAAAGACUAGAUAGUUUUAAUAAUAGUAAGAAAAGUUAAAGGAAGAAUUUUUAUAAUUAAUGAAGGAUAGAUUUGAACCAGAAUAUUAAAUAUCAAAAAGUAACUUAGCUGAAUUGGCAUAUAUUGGAGAUGGCUAAUUUAAUGGAUAUAUUAAAAAAGAAUGUUUAGAAUCUAGUAGAGUAUUAAAAAAAUGAAUAUAUUUAAUCAAAAUAAAUUAAAUUAUUAAAUGUUUGCUUAAAAAUAGAUUACUAACAAAUUAUUAUUGGCCAAGCUUAGAGAAGUUGAAGAAAGAAAUGAUACUUAAUCAGCUCCAUCAUUUAUGAAUUAAACUGUUACUAUUAAUAAUCAGCAUAUAAGUGAUUAAAUUAAAAAGGCCAAACAAGAGGCAUUAAGUUUACAUACAAGUUGUAAAUCUACCUAACAUUCUCCAAAAACUUCAUUAGAUCUUUCGGAAUUUAUUAAGCAAACUAAAAUGUAAUAAAUGACCCAAUAAAAAUUGUUGAUGGAUAAAAAGUUCUAAAGACUUACAAUUUCAAAAGUACGUGAUGAUGUAAGUCAUUUUUAUGAUUAAAUACGAUAACCUGCUACAACAAGUAUGUCAAUUUUCAUAAAUAGGGGAGUAACGCAGUUUUUAGCCCAGACGUUAAGGGACUACUUUCCAUAAGAAAUCAAGAAGUGGUUAAUAAAUUCAUUUGAUAGAUAUGAAAGAAUAUUAAAAAUUAGAAGUUGGUUUGAAUAAGGAAAUAUCCUCCUUACAUACAGAAGAUCCGGGAGGGAGAGUUUAGAGUAUACAAUUAAAAGAUUGGUUUUAAAAAUAAUAAUCUGGAGAUUUGAUACCCUUAUUAACAGUUACAAUGAAUGAGUUAAUUAAGUCGUUAAAAAGAGAAUGUCUAGAAAGAGGAGAAUUAGUUGAAUAAAUUUGGGAUAAAGUAAUUCAAAUGGUAAAUAAGAUUAAAUUUGAUGCUGAAAUAUUACUUAAAAAAAAUGAUGUUUUAGUAAUGGAUGAAUAGGCUAGAGUGUAUUUUAUAUUUUAAGAAAAAAUGUCAGAUUUAUAAACUUAAAUUUAAGAUGUCUAACUUAAAUAUUCUCAAGAAGUUAUUCAACAUAAUGUUUGUAAAUAAGAAUAUAAAGAAUUAGAAACAAAUUUCAAAAAAAAUAGAGCAUAAUUAAAUGACUUAAGGAAGAUUGCAUCUUUUUUAUAAAAGAAAUUAAAAUAAUCUCAUUAAGAAAUAGAAAUACUCAAUAGAAAAUUAUAAACAAUUACUUAAAAACAAUUAGAAUCAUAAUAAUAAUUAUAAAGAGAUAUUAAUAGUAGUCAUUAAUAAGGUAAUAGCUAAAAGAUAUUGAUAAAAUAAGAGAGUAUGUUUUCAUAAAGACAAUCUUAAAUUUUGUAACCUCCUUUAUUAAAUCAGGCACAAUAAUCUUAACCAUAGAAGAUUUUAUAACAUAUAACUAAUUCUAAUUAAAUUUAAUCAGGAAGAAGAAUGUCUUAUUUAGGGAAUUCUUAAGUUCAAUAAACGUAAUAAGAGAAAUCAAGUUCAUCUGAAGAAGAUGAUUUAAUGGAUGGAUUAUUGGAUGAUAAAAAUAUUAUAGAAAUGGACAACAUGGUUAUGAACAUGGAUAAAAUAAUUAAGGUAGCAUGUGUAGAGACAUAAGUUGAACCAGAUAUACUUAAAUUAUAUUAAAAGACUUAAGAAAUAUAAACAAAUAUUGUAAUGAUGGCUAAAGAUUUUAAUUUAAUAACAGAUACUUAGACUAAAAUUCAAAGUGUGUUAGAACAAUAUAAAUAAAGAAGCUAAGUUGAAGAAGCUCUUAAGUUAUGUGAAGAUAAACCAAAUAAAGCUUUUUCUGGUCGAUAAUUGAAUUAAAUAAUAGAAUCAAAAUUUCUUAAUAAAGAUAUACCAUCUCCAGGAAUGACUAAAUUAAGUUAAUUAAGAUAAGAUUCAUUUAGAUCUAAGAAAGCUGUAAAUUAAUCGAAUGAAUAAGUAACAAGUAAUGAUUAGAGUAUGGAUAUCAAUUCUGAUCGAUAUUUAGACUUAGAUAAAGUGAAAACUCUAGUGAUUAUGAUGCAAAGUUUAGAAAAUAAAAAUAAGGAAUUAUAAUAUAUAAUUGAAUAGAUGAAUGAAAGAUGUAAUUAACAUAUGCUAGAAUUAGAAGAUACAAGAAGUAGAGCAGUGUCUAUUGGCACAUUUAAAUAAAUAAAAGAACAAUAAUAAUAAUAAUUAUUAUAAUAAAUGACAUAAAAAUAAUUGGAAGGAGAAUCAUCUCCUGAAUAAUUUGCUAAAUUUAAUUCAUCGUAAAAAAUGAUCAGAAGAUAGAAAGAUAACAAGAAAUUAAAUUAAGCAAAAUUAAUUUUCAAAGGUCCUUAAUUAGGUCAAAAAGUUAAUAUAGUUUAUGAAUUUUAAAAAGUAAAUGCAGGUCCAUAAUUAGUUGAAAAAAUAAAACUAAAAUAAUUACCAAAAAUUAAACAUUUUAUGCCUUUGAAAUUAUUAUUAAAAUAAAUAACAGUAAUAUAUUAGGAUAGAAUAUAACAAUAAAAAGAUAAUUAAGCAUUUAAAGAUUAAGAUAUGGCUUCAUUUGUUUAUAGUUAUUUUUUAUAAUAAUUUGGUAUAAAAAAGAUAGCAGAGUAGAAAUUCUUAAUACUUAUAGUUUCAGUUAAACAUUAUAAAUAAUUAGUAAGAAUAAACAACUUUGCAAAGUUUUUAGGAUUAUUUGAUGAUUGUGUUAAUUAUACAAUAGAUGAAAUGAAAAAAUACUUGGAGGCUUUUGAUUAUGUAACUAAUAUUUCUACUCUUGGUGUAUCAAUAGGGGAUUAAGAAUCAGAAGUUAGAUAUUUUGUACCUUAUGUCAGAGCAUAAUAAUAUAUAGGUAUGUUUGCAGAUUCAAGAAUGACUAUUGAAGAGAAAGAAGAAUUAAAAAAGGAGUUAGAUUUAUUAAAAGAAGUAGAUACAAAAACAUCAAAUAGAUAACCAGUAAUAGAUUUUGAUUAAUUUAUGAUUCAAAUGUUUGUGAAGUAUAAAAUAUUAGUAAGCAGAGCCAAAGAGUAUGUUAUUAAUGCAUUUGCUGCAUGCGAUUUAGGUAACCAAAAUAGCAUAUAUUAACUUAGAUGGCAAUGGAAUGUGUAAUUUUGAAGAAUGGUAUUUAUUGCUUAGACAUAUAGAACCUGAUAGAUUGACUAAUGAUGAGAUUUCUGAAAUAUUCUUUACAAAUGCUGAUUUAUUAAUUAAAGGAGAAUAGAAUUUUUCAUUUGAAAAGUUUGCUGUUGUAUGUGUUGAAUAUGGAUUAUUUUCAGAAGAAGCUUAAAAUUAAUUCUUAUAAAUAAAGGGUACUAAAACUGAGAUUAUGAUUUAAGUACAAAUAUUUAUUAAACAUCGAUAGUUUUAAAAAUUAAUUGAUGGAUGGAUAGGAUAGAGAAAGGUAAUAGAAUAAAGAUUUGAAUAAUUAACAUUAUUGGAAACAGAGAAAAUAGAUUCCUGGAGAGAAAUUAUCGAAACUUUAGAAAGAAAGAUACUAGAUCUUAAAGAACAUUUAACAUAGGCUGGGGUUGAAAAGAAAGUAAAGCCUCUUUUGAUUGCUAAUUUAUUGUUGAAUAAAGAAUCUGAAAUGUUAUUAGAAUUAUAAGAAGAUAUGGAAGAUGAUGGAUCACCAAAAGCAAAAGGUUUUCAAUAAAAUUUUGGUUCGAAUGAAUCUAUUCGUAUACAAAUGGAUAUUAUUAAGGAAUGA